GCAGUGCCGGGCGCUCCCGCUCGGCUCCGGCUGCCGCCGCCCCUGAGUCAGCCCCGCCGCCGCCCGCCCUGCCCCAGCCGUCCGUCCGGACACAGGGAAGGAGCCAACCAUCCAGCUGCUGCUCCACCCUUCCAGCGCUGCCAGAUGUGCCUUCACAUUGUGCUGCACCUGCUACCCGCUCCGGAGAGACGCCAACUGCCAUGUCUCCCUGCACGAGGCACGAAAGUCUUAGCUGGCUGUGACCUAAAUGUCUGCUUGUCCCCAGACGGGGUCUCCACCAGAUCCUUCCCUGCCUCCAGCCCUGCUGACCACCAGCUCCACGGGAUCCCCAACCUGUCCCUGCGGGUCCUCCAAUGGCUCGUGCCGUGGACUGCUGUGCUCCCCCCCCCCUCGCUCAGCAUGCCCUUUUCUGGUGCAGCCAGACCCUCCCAGGAAUCACUCUGGAGCUCAAGGCCAUCCCAUAGGGAAAUGGAGUCCAAGGUUUCCGAAGGUGGUCUCAACGUCACCCUCACCAUCCGACUGCUGAUGCAUGGCAAGGAAGUUGGAAGCAUCAUUGGGAAGAAAGGAGAGACCGUGAAGAAGAUGCGUGAGGAGAGUGGCGCAAGGAUCAACAUCUCGGAGGGGAACUGCCCUGAGCGUAUCGUGACCAUCACUGGCCCCACCGAUGCCAUCUUCAAGGCUUUUGCCAUGAUCGCCUACAAAUUUGAGGAGGACAUAACCAACUCCAUGAGCAAUAGCACUGCUACCAGCAAACCUCCGGUGACACUGCGUCUGGUGGUGCCAGCGAGUCAGUGUGGUUCCCUCAUCGGCAAGGGGGGCUCCAAGAUCAAGGAAAUCCGAGAGUCCACAGGUGCUCAGGUCCAAGUGGCCGGGGACAUGCUGCCCAACUCCACAGAGCGGGCGGUGACAAUCUCGGGGACACCCGACGCAAUUAUCCAGUGUGUCAAACAGAUCUGUGUGGUGAUGCUGGAGUCCCCACCAAAAGGUGCCACCAUUCCCUACCGCCCAAAGCCCGCCUCCACCCCUGUCAUUUUUGCAGGUGGUCAGGUAAGAGCCGACCCGCUUGCAGCCUCCACUGCCAACCUCAGCCUUUUACUGCAGCACCAGCCGCUGCCCGCCUAUACAAUUCAGGGACAAUACGCUAUUCCACACCCAGAUCAGUUGACCAAGCUCCACCAGUUGGCUAUGCAGCAAACCCCCUUUACUCCCCUUGGACAGACCACCCCCGCUUUCCCUGGAGAAAAGCUGCCCUUACAUUCCUCCGAAGAAGCUCAAAAUCUGAUGGGCCAGUCAUCAGGUUUGGAUGCCAGUCCCCCGGCCAGUACUCAUGAACUCACCAUUCCCAAUGAUCUAAUAGGCUGCAUAAUUGGACGCCAAGGGACCAAAAUCAAUGAAAUUCGGCAGAUGUCGGGAGCGCAGAUCAAAAUCGCAAAUGCCACGGAAGGGUCAUCGGAGCGCCAAAUUACCAUCACAGGAACCCCUGCAAACAUCAGCCUUGCGCAGUACCUCAUCAAUGCCAGGCUGACGUCUGAGGUCACUGGAAUGGGCGCACUCUAAUUUCCACCCACCAUCCUCCACUCCGCACCACCCGACCCUCUCCAGCCACCGGCACUCCACCCAGCCUGUACUGCCCGUACAGACAUUUACCGUCUUCCCUUUGCCUCCACAGAUACUCUUUUCUUUACUAACAAAUAUAUAUAUAUAUACACAUAUAUAUAUAUACACACACAAACAUGCGCGCGCGUAUGCACACACUGGAACGUUUCUUUACGAGCCCUUUACUCUGUGCUUCCGAGGCUGCUCCCGAACUCUUUGGUUAUGGUCUUUGUUUUCAGUGUUACAGUGUUCAUUCUUCAUCUGCUUUUUGGGGACGAGGGAGGGGGGAAGGGGGCGUUGGUUUCUUUCUCUCACUGGCGAGACUUCAGGAGCUGGCGGGGUCUCUAGUGUCAGUCUAGCGUCGAUACCUGCACGUUUGAUUUGACAUUGGUGGUACUUUCUGUAGCCUGUGGACAUAUGUGAUGCCACACAGAGCUGUGCAUACUUCAGAUGACUUAACUUUUCUCCCCUUCCUUCCUCUGGUGCUCCCCCUUGCUUGUCCCAGCUCACCUUUGCCACCUCACACCCCUGCCCUCAAGGUAAGGGCAUACUUUUCACCUGGUGUUAUUUGGGAAGCAGAAGCCCAAGCGUGGGUUCAACCCGCAGGCUUCUCUCUUGGAACAUGGCAUGAUCCAGACAAGCCCUUUUUCCUACUAAGCUAAGGGAAUCACACACACACACACGUAGAUGCUCAUUUUUUUUAACUAACGGGCACCUGGAAGUGGGAAGAACUCAGCUGUAUGGGAUUCACACCCCCAGGGGCCUUUGAAAGCACUCUUUUGGCAAUCCCCCACAAAGCAAAACCUUUGGACGAUAGUUCAGGAAGCUCUGUGAGCCAGCUGUGUUUGUCAUUGUGUUCAAUAAAUGUCUGUGCAGCUCUGA